AUGCCAUUGCAGUAUAUUGUAAACGACACUAAGAGCGGCUUUGAGCAACUGAAGGUUCAUGAAGCCAAGCCCGUGCAAGCUCUCAAGCCCAAUCAAGUUCAAGUGAACUUGAAAGCUGCUUCCCUCAAUUACAGAGACCUGAUCAUCACCAAGGGAUUAUACCCUCUUCCUUUGGAGCUUCCCGUAGUUCCUGGCUCUGAUGGCGUUGGCGUGGUUGAAAAGAUUGGUGAGGACGUAAAGGGAUUCAAGCCUGGUGACACGGUGAUCGGGACAUUUUUCACUGAUUUCAUUGACGGAAAACCUACUUCAGAGACCAUUACCGGUGCUUUGGGUGGUACUUAUGACGGUGCUUUCCGCCAAGUUGGUAUCUUCCCUGCGCAAGCAUUGGUCCAUGCCCCCAAGAAUUUAAGUUAUGAAGAGGCAUCCACUUUACCCUGCGCCGCCGUGACGGCAUGGAAUGCUUUGUUUGGAUCCAAAGUGCAUCAAUUGAAGCCAGGUGAAAAUGUCUUGAUUCAAGGCACUGGUGGUGUUUCUAUUUUUGCUCUCCAGUUCGCUGUGGCAACCGGUGCUCGUGCCACCGUCAUUUCUUCUUCCGAUGAGAAACUGCAAGUUGCCAAGAAGUUGGGUGCUAGCCACUUGAUCAAUUACAAAAAGGAUCCUAACUGGGCCAAGCCCGCUUUGGAAGUUUCCAACAAUGUUGGCUACCAUCAUGUGGUGGAAGUCGGUGGUGAAAAGACCUUGGGUCAAUCUUUGGAGGUUUUGGCUGUGGGUGGAGAGAUUAGCAGUAUCGGUUUUGUUGCUCAAGAAGGUACUAGUCCUAACGUCACCUCCUUGAUUGGUGCCAUGCUCCAAAAGAAUGCCACCAUUCGUGGUAUCUUUGUUGGUUCUGCCAAUAUGUUCAGAGAGAUGAACGCUUGUAUUGAAGCCAACGACAUCCAUCCCGUUGUCGACAAGGUGUUCCCCUUUGACGAAUUGAAGGAAGCCUAUUAUUACCAAUGGAGCCAAAAGCAUGUUGGCAAGGUUGUCUUAAGGAUUGACGCUUGA